AUGCUACUCAUAACUUUCGUCACGCUUCUCCUCGUAAGCGCACUUCAAAACGGGGAGUUGUCCUCCAGUGCCACGACGGAACCGAACCAGUGCAUGAAACUUAUCCAAGAAGGAGGACAGAUUGCAUGCAAUAUCACAGGAGAAGGAAAAUAUGAAGGCAUGAGUAUCGGAAAUUGCUGGGUUUCUUGCACGGCUGGCUCCAAUAAGUUCUUGAUACCACACAGGGAAUGUGAAAGAAUACUUGGAGUUGACUCUUGGGCCGGGUACCAGCAGCUGUUUGGUGAACUACCGCAGUAUGGAUUUGAGUACUGUGAUGAGGAUUAUCGAAAAAGCCUCCAACAUUGGGUUCUGGAGUGGAAGAAAUAUCAGAAAAACGCCGUAAACAAUCUUUGCUCAAAUCUGAAAGACAAACAUGUCUGA